CAAAGCCUGCUGGGGCAUGGAGUCCUGGUGAGCUUUGUGCGCAUGUGCGGCAAGGUGAGGGUGCUUUGGGGGCCUCGCCCUGGAGAGUGAGGCGCUGGUGACUCGAACCAAGGUGGCUCCAUGGAGGCCCCAGCAAUCCAGUCGGUGAAGCAGGAGACCUUGUCCGUAGAGGCCCUGACACUUGACUCCCCGUGGCACCGCUUCCGCCACUUCCAUCUGGGCGAUGCAGCGGGACCACGAGAGGCCCUGGGGCUGCUCCGGGCCCUGUGUCGGGACUGGCUCCAGCCAGAAGUACACACCAAGGAGCAGAUGCUGGAGCUGCUGGUUCUGGAGCAGUUCCUGAGUGCCCUUCCCGCAGACACCCAGGCCUGGGUGUGCAGCCGCCGGCCCCAGAGUGGAGAGGAGGCUGUGGCACUGCUGGAGGAGCUCUGGGGCCCAGAAACCUCCCCAGAUCAGUCCUCAGCAAUGAGGGCACCUCAGGAUAUGACAGAAGCCUCGGGGGUCAGUGUUGGAAAGGAAGAAAGUGGGGUGACUCCCUUAGGAACCAGGGCCUCCGAGACAGAGGUGCCUGCAACUGAGACCGCAGGGGCCACGCGCCCUUACAAGCAGGAGCCGAGCAGCCCCCCACCAACCCCACUGGCACCCGUCCCCGUCCUCCCUGCUUUCCUGGCGGCCCCUGGCACCGUAUCGUGCCCCGAGUGCGGCAAGUCUUCCCUGAAGCCGGCUCACCUGUUGCGCCACCGGCAGAGCCACUCAGGCGAGAAGCCGCACACGUGCCCUGAGUGCGGCAAGGCAUUCCGGCGCAAGGAGCACCUGCGACGCCACCGUGGCACCCACCCUGGCAGCCCGGGGCCCGCGCUGCGCCCCCUGCCGGCGCGUGAGAAGCCACACGCAUGCUGCGAGUGUGGCAAGACCUUCUACUGGCGCGAGCACCUGGUGCGCCACCGUAAGACGCACUCUGGCGCUCGGCCCUUCGCCUGCUGGGAGUGUGGCAAGGGCUUCGGGCGGCGUGAGCACGUGCUCCGCCACCAGCGCAUUCAUGGCCGGGCUGCCGCAGCGCAGGGGACUGCAGCACCAGGUCCGGAGGGUGGUGGUGCCUUCCCACCCUGGGCCCUGGGGUAGCUGCAGUUCCAAACACCUGCUGAAGCGGCGUCAUCCCCUUAGCACCCCACCCACCUCCCCGCCACCUCUUUCCUGCCCAAAUGGUGCUUUCCCUUUUCAGGCCCCGUCUCCACUCCUUUCUCCCUUCUGGAGCUUUCAGCUUUCACCUGCCCCUACAAAAGAUCCUUCUCUCUCCCCCUCCUUUCCUUCUCUUUUUUAUGGAGGGGAGACCUGUCCCAAGACACCCUUCACGUGGGAAAAGGAGCUCAGGGAAGGAGGAAACCCCCUCCUCCUCCCGCCUCCUGAGGAAGGCAGUCUUGGGCCCCAGGACAGAGUCGGGGCCAAAGGCAAGAGGCGGCAAUAGUUUCUGAGCAGCAGGCCCAGACUAGGAUCUGGUUCUCUGCACAGCUCAAAGGCAUGAGGUGGGCAGAGGUGCCUGAGAAGCUUGUUAGAGAUGGCAGGUCACCAGCAUCAGUGAGAGUAAUAAAGUGACGGACUCGGUGUGUACAGGAGUCUGGGACUCUCCUGUGUUGUGGGAGGUUGAGCAUCUGAGGCACAGGGGACUAGGUUCAUGGAAGGUCCUGGUACCAGAUCCGCUCCAGUCCAGCUUGUCCUGGCUGCGGAACUUCAGGCAGGUGGUGCCCCUCUGCAAGAGUUCAAUUUAUGUUUUGUAUCUUUUGAGACAAGGUUUCUCUAUAGCUCUGGCUGCCCUGGCCUCCUGGGUGCUGGGACUAAAGGCCUGUGCUACCACGCCGAGAAGUUCCAAUUUCUUAAAUUGUGCUUCACUGUCACCCCCCACCCAUGCCGAGUUAUCCAGUUAGGUGACUCCGUGUCAUCGAGGGACCCCCCAGAUAACCAGUGCCAGCAGUCUGGGACAGUGCAGUUUGCCAAGAAGACUCCAUUCUGGCCUUGGAAAGGUGAAGGCUGCCCUUUGUCCUCAGUCUGCCCCGUCACAGUGCGGCUGUCUAGACCUGACUAUCCAGGGAGGAAACCCACAUGGGAGGAAGUGCAACGACCCUCGGCCCGCCCUGCUGGGGUCUUUGGACACUCGAUUUGAGCCCCAGGACUCUGCUUCCACACCAUCUCUCUAUGUAACAUGCACAAUGUGAGGGUACAGUGGAAGGUCCCCAGUGCUUUGAGAUGGUCUUGCCAGAGCAGCUCAAGCUAACUACUGUGUAGCCAAAGAUGACCAUGCGUCUCCAAUUCUCUCUGCCCCCCAGUUUUGGGAACAUAGCUGUGCAUGAUGAUGCCUGGGGUUAAAUGCUGUGCCACCAUGCCCAGGUUUUAUUCU